GGUUACUCUGCUGAUGCCUCUGAGUUAGCUUUGGCUUUCUUCUAACUCACUAUCACGCGCCUGUUUUCAUGGUUGGACGAUUUUACUUCGUGAUGGUCGGUCAUCACGACGAGGCCCUUUUCGAAUACGAGUUUUCAUCCGAUAGAGGCUCUGAAAAUAAGGUUGAUGAUCACCGUCAUCUGAAUCAAUUUGUAGCUCAUGCUGCCUUAGAUGUUAUCGACGACUUGUCGUGGACCAAUGGCAAUACCUUUCUUAAGUCCGUGGAUAAGUUCAACGAAUGGAUCGUCUCUGCUUUUAUUACCCCAGGGCGAUUGCGAUUUGUGCUCUUACACGAUGAACCCAAUGAGAAUCGCAUACGUAGCUUCUUCAAUGAAGUUUACGAAACGUACGUGAAGCUUUCAUUGAACCCAUUCUUUGAUCGUGCUUCACCAAUCGAUUCACCAAGUUUCACCAAAAAAGUCCAGCGUCUGGCGAGCAAACAUUUUGGAUGAACUCUCUAUUUCACUUUUAACCAUCGUUUUUUUGGUUUCUCUAUUCAGCAUCAUGCAUUGUCCUUAACGAUGUAGGUUUUCGUUUAUUUGGACCGUGACGCUGUGCAUAAUAUUGUACUGUUUUCCUACAUUCGUUUUUGCUAUUGAUUCUGUACCGGUCCUUUAUGUUUUGUGACCCCUCUUCACUCUAUUUCACCCUAGAUACGGGUUGAAUCUUUUCUGAUACUUUUGUCCACAUAUCACAUUUUGUUACAAGCACCACAAGGAUGGUACCGCUUUUGUGUGUUUGAGUUGGUUAUAUUGACCAUGGUAUUUUGGAGUCUGAAGCGUGUUUUUUGAACAAACAUCCUUCGCCGAACGAAUUCUUUCCACCAGAACCCGUUCAUUGCUGUCGCACUUCGUUGGACGAAUGCUGGAACGAAGUCAGU